AUGGACAAGCCCUUUACACCUAGCCUGGGGGCAAAUGGUGUAUUAAAUGUCUUGUAUAUUUUCACCUUUGUUUGGGUCCUAAAAUAUUUCUCACCUUCGGCGAUGCAACAGCAGCACCCCCCCCUCCCCAAACACGCCCUAGAACAUACCUUAAGCGCCGCCCACACUAAAACCUACAGCACCACCGCCCACAACCGAGCUCAAGCACCGCCGCCCACAACACCCCUGAUCACACCCUCGCCCGUAGUAUCAUCGCCCACUCCACCGCCCCCCACCCGCCCACAGUACCUCCCACCCAGCUCCCACGCCCACAGUACCACCUACCCAGCUCCCACGCCCACACGUUCCUCCUACAUGCACACGACGUCACCAUCUAUGACAGCAUCUUCUGAGUCGUCUGGGAUGACCUUUCCCUAA